AUGUUAUCCGGCGUCCUCGUCUUCAACCAGAAGGGCGAGAACCUCAUCUUCCGCGCCUUCCGGAACGACUGUCGCCCUCGCCUCGCCGACGUCUUUCGCAUCCAGGUCAUCUCCAACGCCCAGGUCCGGUCGCCCAUUCUUACCCUCGGAAGCACCACCUUUAGCCAUGUCAAGCACGAGAAUAUCUACCUGGUCGCUAUUACGAAAAGCAAUGCCAAUGCUGCUCUUGUUUUUGAGUUCCUCUACCGGCUGAUUCAGCUUGGAAAGGGUUACUUUGGAAAGUUUGACGAGGAGGCCGUCAAGAACAACUUCGUCUUGGUGUACGAGCUGCUAGAUGAGAUUAUCGACUUUGGUUAUCCUCAAAACACAGAAACCGACACCCUCAAGAUGUACAUCACCACCGAAGGCGUCAAGUCCGAGUCCCGCCGCGAAGACACAUCCAAAAUCACGAUGCAGGCCACCGGAGCCCUCUCCUGGCGCAAGGCAGACGUCAAGUACCGUAAGAACGAGGCUUUCGUCGACGUGAUCGAGGACGUCAACUUGCUCAUGUCCGCUACUGGCGCUGUUCUGCGCGCGGAUGUGACGGGCCAGAUCAUCAUGCGCGCUUACCUCUCGGGCACCCCUGAGUGCAAAUUCGGCCUCAAUGAUCGUCUACUUCUCGAUAACGAUGGUCUCUUGAGUCUCCCGAGCGGAAACAAGAUGGGCACAAAGGCUACAAAGGCGGCAGCUGGAAGUGUUACCCUGGAGGACUGUCAAUUCCACCAAUGUGUCAAGCUCGGCAAAUUCGACGCCGAUCGUAUCAUUAGCUUCGUGCCUCCCGAUGGAGAAUUCGAGCUGAUGCGAUACCGCGCGACAGAGAACGUCAACCUCCCCUUCAAAGUCCACGCCAUCGUCAACGAAGUCGGUCGAUCCAAGGUGGAAUACAGCAUCGGCGUCAAGGCCAACUUCGGCUCCAAACUCUUCGCGACAAACGUCGUGGUCAAGAUCCCCACGCCUCUUAACACUGCAAAGAUUACCGAGCGCUGCACGCAGGGCAAGGCCAAGUACGAGCCCAGCGAGAACUGCAUCGUGUGGAAGAUUGGGCGUUUUACAGGUCAGAGCGAGUACGUCCUCAGCGCUGAGGCUAUCUUGACGAGCAUGACCAACCAGCGGGCUUGGAGCCGACCGCCUCUGAGCAUGAACUUUAGCUUGCUCAUGUUUACGAGUUCGGGAUUGCUGGUGCGCUAUCUCAAGGUGUUUGAGAAGAGUAAUUAUUCGAGCGUUAAGUGGGUGCGGUAUAUGACGAGAGCAGGAUCAUAUGAAAUAAGAUUUUAA